AUGCGCAUAACAACACUAAUACUACCCGCCCUCGCCUUGAUUGCCGGGAUCGAGGCCAGUCCUCUUCGGAAUCGGCCACAACCGCCCCGGGCCCCAAGGCACGGCGCUCGGAUACCACGGGAGGCGGAAGAAAGCUUCGGAUCUGUGAGCACUACCACUACCGAAACCCAGUCGGAUUGCGAAGCGGAGACGGCGGGGUCGUCGGGGCGGACGGGGACGUCGGGGAUCUCAUCUUUGACGGCUGGGCUAUCGAACACGCAAAGCUCGACUUUCGCUACCUCAACGAUAGUAGUCGGUUCGGGAGUCGCGGACUCUACGGGAACGGAGGCUUCGUCGUCCUCCAGCCCGAUUUCAACAACGAAUACACACCCUUCCACCACGACAACCGGCUCGUCAGCAUCUGACUCCGAGACCACAUCGGCCACCAACUCGCCGGGCUUCGAAACCUCGCUUCACAGCACUCUCAAUAUACCCCUGAAAGGAACAACAACCGGCCGACCCUCAGUGAUUCCCUUCCAAUCAGGCACAUCAAACACUGGCACUGACCUGGCAUCUUUGACUUCUGGCCCCCCCAACACCUCGGUCUCCUCAUCGAUUUCGCCUACCACGGCGUCGGCCAGCCUGUUUGUCUCCUCUACCCGGCCUAGCGUCACCGGUAGACCCUUAUCGGAUAUCCCGACCGUCAUCGCGAAUCCACCGGUGUCGACCGGGGCCGUAUCCCCUGAUGUGUACCAGAAAAACAUCCAAGAGGCCCGGAGUUUCAACAAGCUCCUUGCCACGCUGACCGAACAGUCCGCCUGUCGCCAGGGCCAGGUCGCCUGCGUUUCCGGCGCCUUUGCCGAAUGUUCCAACGACGGCUCCUGGACGCUCACCCCCUGUAGCGAACCCAACUACGCCUGCCUCGUCAUGCCGAUGAACUCAACUUCCGGUGCGAUUCUCGGUUGUACGGACGCUACUCUGGCGAAGCAAGUCCUCGGCUCUAUCCCGGAUGCCUUGCUAUCUGGGCUGCCCGGGCUAACAUCAGCGCUCUCGUCGCUCCUCCCCCCCACCGGAUCGUCUUCCGCAACGGCGUCCGGCGCCCCUGAUAGUACCAGUGCGACCGGACGCAGGACCCGGACUGUCGUCGUGACUGUCACCACCCCGAGCAGCACGAUCACAGUGACAGUCGACCCGACGGCCACAGCCUCAGUCCAGACGUCAGACAUAGCCUGCACUGCGGAGCCUACGUCGGUUUCUUCUGCUGUCUCCACAGGAAAUGGAUCAGCGGGUGGCUUCACGGCCAGCUCUUUCACCGGCUCUACUUCCGGCUCGUCCUUCAGUGCAAGCACUGGCUCGGAAGUGAGCUCAACAGUCACCUCGAAAUCCAGCGCAGAAACCGCCACCACACCACCCCCUAGCUCCUCUGGGGACGGCAUCAUUACCCGCACCGUUACCGUCAGCGGCCCAUUAGGAACCGGAGUGUUUACCUACACUUACGACUUGGGUGACACCGCUAGCGCCUCAUUCUCGACCACCCGUCGCCCCCCUCUCUUUUCUUCUGAUCAACCCUUGACUUUUAUCACUGCUUCCCUGGAUUCCACCACCACAGCCUCAGUUACAACGGCAGCAACAGCAUCCGAAACAAGCGAGGGCCCCGUUACCGCCGGCACCACCUCAGUGUCUUCCUUCUCGGCCGCCUCUUCUUCAAAACAACCCCCCAAUGCAGAUCCCAACAAGAGUCUAUUCACCCUUGACCCCGUGCCAAGCGACACUGUCACCACCACGAUCCGCAUUACCGAGACGCCCACGACGGUGACCGUCAAGAUGACAACGCAGAUGACCACCACCGUUGUAGUAACCGCCCUCGCGACAACCUCUGCUUCAUCCACGGGAGCCGAUACGGCCGCGGCUACGGAUGGGGAUGGUGCUUCCUUAAUAUUUUCUCCCACAACGGCCUUGGUUGCAGCGUCCACCUCCACGGCAGAAACGGGUGUGGAAAAGGGCGUGACGGAUAAUUCUGGUAACUCCAGCUUUGUCGUCAACGCUAGGCCCAACUCGAAUUCAGCGCCCGGUCCCGGCGACGGCCCCGCUGUCGAACUCGUGACUAUCACGCGCAGUGUGACGAUCACAGAGAAAAAGACGGAGACCGUGAGAGAAACGAUCCGCGAGACGGUAACGGAGACUGCAACAACGACACCAAUAGCGAUGACUACUGGGGGGGUUGUCGCUCGGUAG